AUAUUGACACCUAUAAAACGUUGUCAUUGCAAUAUUGUGACGUUACUUUCAUCCCAACCCAAACGAGAAAUACAACUCGACACUGUGAGGAGAAGUGAAGUUAAAAUAUCGUAUCUGGGUUUAUACCCAUUUAAUUAGAAAUGUCAAAACUAAGCUGUUUGCUAUUAGCUUGGGUGAUAUGUGAAGGAGUUCUUGCGAACACGGAGACAGAAAAUGGCUUCGCUCUACCAAAGGAAUUCGCGUCUGCGUUCGACUCUGAUGACGCGGGCAUAACCUCACUGGCUUCGAAUCCCAUUGCCGCAGCAGUACUAAAAGUAGAUAAAAGCCAAUACCCCCAACUAUUUGACACUAUUGUCAGCAGUUCCAUCGAUUCGAUUCAAGCACGCAGAGCACCACAAGAAAGUGCAUUCUCUCCUGAAAAUUUCGGAUUUAAUCCAAUUGCCAGUCAAAGCUUUCAACCGCUUGUGAAAUCCGCUCAAUUGGUUGCGAAGCCAAAACAAGCACAACAACAACAUGUGGUUAUUGGCCAACCAUUGCGAUAUGAUAUAAGAACUGUUCACGAUGCCGAUUAUAAAGUUUACAAACCUGAAGAAGAUGAACAGAACGAACAGAAAGAUAUUUUAGCUGCUUUGAAAAAAAAUCCUUCUGUUGCCGCUUAUUUCCAACCCGCAGUUACAAAUGUCGAAGUUGCUCAUCCUUUAAAUUAUAGAAAAGAGGAAUUAGUUGAAAAUCCCGAAAUUGAACAUAACUACAAGCCAAAUGCUUACAUUGCAGGAUUGUCCCGUAUUCGUCGAUACACAGGUGGAAGGAAGAGAGAAAACUUAAGGAAGAGCAGUGCAGAAGAUGAAGAUGAUCCAUAUGGCUACAAAGCGGAAUACAUAUCCAAACCAAAAGCCUUCGAUAGUCCAGCCUACAGUAGCCCUUAUACAGAAGAAAAGGAUCCCAGCAAAUCUGGAUAUGAUUAUAAAGGAUAUGAAAGUCCUUACAGUAGCGCCUACAAGAAAGAAAAAGAUCCCAAUAAAGACUACGAAUAUCCCUAUGGAUAUGAUUCCGGCUACGACCACAAAGAGUAUGAAAGAAUAAAAGAGUUGUCUGAAAAGCAGGCAGCGGAAAUUAAACAAAACCCACAAAAUUGCAAAGAGGUAAAAAAAGAUGACAUGACUUGUAUGAUUUGCAAGGACCCGAAAACGGGGGGAAAUUAUGAAUCUUGCUCAUAUGUCGCAGAGCCGAAAAAUAACAAAUAUGCCUAUUCAAAAGAAAGAAAGUUUGAUAGCAAUGAUGAACCUGAUGAACCCGAAAAUAAAGACAAAUCGGAAGCAUCGACUAAAAGCGCCAAAUAUCAAAAUCCUAAAGAUGAGGUUCAACAGUUUGCUAAGCCGUCAUCAUCGGAAGAACAAAAACCCUACAGCAGUUACAAAAAAGAAGAGAAGCCCGAAGCUAACGAUUCAGGUGAAAAAUAUAAAUCCUAUUAUGUUCAUACAUCCAAGCCUAAAACGAGCGAAGCACUGCGAGCUGCCGAAGAAACCGAAAGUUCAGAAGAACAAAAGGAUCCAUUAGUUAAGCCCUACAACUACAAAAAGGCUAUACCAGGAUUUUACACUAAUAACGAACAGAAAAAAGAUGUAGAACACGUUCUAGCGGAAUUCAAGAAAAAGGAUAGAUCAGCCUGUAAAAAGGUACAGAAGAAUGGCAUGACUUGUUUCCAAUGUCUAGACAAAAACGGGCUGAAACAUGAGGAAUGUAUGUUUGUCUCUGAAUCCGCACCUAAACGCAGUCAUUUAGCUUAUCAGGAAUUAAAAGAAUUUACAUCUAAACCAGCAACACUUGCUGAGGGAAAUGAGGGCGCUGAGAGCAUAGCUGUAACAACGAGUACUCCCACUGUACAAAAAUCAGCGGCAUAUGUCGUCGCUAACAAUAAUUACGGAAAAAAGUUAAAACGUAAAAAGGCACCACAGGCUGUUGCCGCUGCUUCCAAACCAGUUGUGAGUGCAGUGCCUGCUGCUGCACCAUCAACUCAAAAAGCUGCUCACAAAUCUAAGAGAAGUGUUGAAGCUGAAGCAGAAGAAAACGCAAAGAUUAUCGACGAUAGUAAUAUAGCGCCUCCAGAACAAUUCGCGGGAGCCGAAUCUCAAGGAGCGUUCUGGGCGGAGACCCAGCCAAGAUACAGCGCGGCCUUGGGGGUCACUCUUCCCGAGUUCAUGUUAUCAAGGUCGGAUCACGAAGCUUCUUUCGAUGAAGUAGUCGCGGGCGCGUAAGACUGGUAUUGUUAGCCAACAUAGGCGAUGUUAGUAGAGCGUAUCCGUUUUACAAUACUUACUUUUAAAUAAAGCCUCAACAAAAUGUAACGGGUAAUAGAUAUUUGUUGCGUAACGAAAUAAGAUUUCACAGAUUUACUUCUAAUUCGGCAUGAACAGUUUCACAAUAC